AUGAUGGACACCAGGGGAAAUCGCAUCGAGCUGAAAAGGAAAGGUAAUAGUCAGGAGACAGGAGAACCCUCUAGACCCAUAAAAAGACAGGAGACCAGUACGCUGCUUGCUAGCUCUAAGUCAAGAGGGUAUUCCAGUAAGUUCUCCACCUAUACACCUCUAAACGCACCGCAGUCUGAUGUGUUGAUGCAUAGACGGAGGAAGGACUAUGUCUUGUGGCCCAAACCUAAGCAAACCCCUUCAUACAAACGCGACAUGUCCAAGUUUUGUCAAUUCCAUAGGGAUCAUGGGCACGAUACAGAGGAGUGUAUUCAACUAAAGAACAAGAUUAAAGCCUUGAUCAAAAGGGGAUACCUGUCGAGAUUCAUAAAGAAGGAAGAUCGGCAAGGGGAACCUCGAGAACAGAAGAGACCCAAUGGGGACGAGAAGGAAGAACAGAUCAUAGGGGAAAUCACAGUGAUCUUUGGAGGAUUUGCUAGUGGUAAAGACAGCGGAGGUGCUCGCAAAAGAUAUGCUAAAAAGGUACUCUCAAUGGAGAAAGGGGAACCAAGCGGCAAAAGGAAUAAACAAGAUGAGGUUAUCAUCUUUGAUAGCGGAGACGAAGAAGGAGUGCAACAACCACACAACGACGCACUAUUACUCUCGCUACUAGUGGCAAAUUACAAAGUAAGACGUGUAUUGAUAGAUAAUGGGAGCUCGACCAACGUUAUGUUCUAG